CGCAAGAAAAUCACAAAGGCCUCGUGCGAGCGAAGACGGCGGCCCGGAAUCCUUGUCCGCGACUCCGCGUGAUCCUGUCCGAAACCGGACCGGUUGCCCCGCGCUGGUCGUAACGGAUUCCUCCAUACAUAAAUAGCGUACAGCAUUUCGCUUUUUGACAUUCCGUCUCCCUCAGAUCCUCCUCCUCCUCGUACAGCCGGGACAAUCUUUCAGGGAGGAUCCCCUCGCCCCCAAAAGAUCAUCCUUUUCUUCUGGGGUCGGUACCUUUCCCUUUUGAUUCUCUGACUCUGCUGCACAAAUCCACCCCAACCCCCCCCCCCCCCCAACAAAAAGAAACACAUCAUGGUUCAGGGAAAGCUCGAAGUUCUUCUCAUCAGCGCUAAGGGUCUCGAGAACACAGAUUUCCUCUGUAACAUGGACCCUUACGUCAUUCUUACUUGCCGUACUCAGGAGAAGAAGAGCAGCAUUGCAUCAGGGAAAGGGGCUGAACCCGAGUGGAACGAGACUUUCGUAUUCACAGUAUCUGGUAGUGUAUCAGAACUGAACAUGAAAAUUAUGGACAGCGACAGUGGCACAUCCGAUGAUCUUGUUGGGGAAGCAACCAUACCUUUGGAGCCACUAUUUGAGGAAGGAAGCCUCCCGGCUACAUCCUACAAUGUGGUCAAGAACGACGAGUUUUGCGGGGAGAUCAGAGUCAGCCUCACCUUCACCCCGGAGGAACGAUAUGACCGAGGUCUCCCGGAGGAGAGCUUUGGGGGAUGGAAGCAGUCCUCAUUCGAAUAAGUCAGGGUCUACAUCUGGAACAUGAUGAAUAAGUAUUUACUCCCUGGUGUUAUCGGUUAAUGUUGAUUGAUUUCAAAUAUCGAAGAGCAGGAAACUCGCAGAGGCUUGAGAAUUUGAUUUUUGUUUUUGGUGUGUAUUUCGGGGGGGCCUUACUUGUGGUAUUUUGUGAUAAUGCUACAUCAUAAUCGAGUGUUCCAUGUUUGUGGUCUCUGGUUUGUCAUAUGUUUUGGAGUUUGAGAAUUUGAUGAUGUCUGCUUCCUGUCUUGCUACGAGUCACCUGUUACUUGUUUUUGUGGUUCCGAUGGAAAUAUAGUUCUGGUCUGCGGCUCGUGGCUUUAAUUUC